AGUCCAGCGGGCAACAGGAGACGCAGGGAGACGCCGACUGAUCCGAGUCCUGCGGUCGCCACGUUCAGCGCUCUCUGCUCGGCUGCAGCUCGGAGGAUCCGUGCGCUCUCCCCGGAGACUUUGACAGGAGUUGGUUCGGUUGUGGAGCGGAGAGGAGCGGAGCUUAGAGCCGACACAGACACCGCCCCGGACCCAGGUGAGAGGGAACUUCAGCCGCCUCCAGGUGCGAAGGACCGGGAUUGGUGCAGGGUUUUACGCACGGGCGGACACCGGGGAGCGGCAUGUCUCUCCGGGGGCAGCUGGCUCUCUGAGUCCGAGGAAGUGGACGCAGAGUUUGUAUCAUCGUCCCCGUGUUCUCCGUGUUCAGCUCCAGGUUCUUUACGAUGUUUCAGCACAGCAGCCACAAGAAAUGUUUCACCAUCGAGUCUCUGGUCGGGAAGGAGGCGAACGGCCACGGCGGCGGCUCCGGGGAUGAGCCCAUCCGGCCCACGGCGCUCAGGUUCCCGGAGUCCCUGCACCCCACGGCCGGGAUCUUCGGCUCCUGCUUCCAGGGAGGCAGCGGCAGGACUUUGUAUUCGGCCGGGCCGGACAUGGUGCUCCAGGAGCCCGGGGCGCACACGCAGAGCCCCGGUGGUCUGCCGCUGCACCCGCUGCAGAUCCCCCCGCAGAGCUUCUUCAGCCCGCAGCACCGGGACGCGCUCAGCUUCUACCCCUGGGUCCUGAGGAGCCGGUACCUGGGCCACCGCUUCCAAG